AUGUUCAGAUGGGGCUUGAUAUUCCUACUCGCAAUACAAACACAAGCAUUCGAUUGUUCAUUAUCCAUCAACAACGUCCCUUACGAUCUAUCCCCUCUAUCCGGUUUGAGGGAAAGUACAAAAGACGCUUCUACACCACCUACGACGAGUAGAGCCAAGGUGUUGAUGGAUCUUUGUGGGAAUGGGGUGGAUGAUGAUUCUGAGGGGGAUGAUAAGUGCCCACCCACCUCUCUAGUCUGUCUGAAAUUACUCAACAUAAAACCUUCUUCUUCAGAACCAGAACGUAUCACCUCGGUCAUACCACUUUGGUCUACCGAUACCCCUGCUGAAGAUGUAGAGAUGAGUGCUUUGGAUAAGGGGGGUCGUGGAGGAGUUAGGAUCAAUGUGAGAGGACCGGAAUAUGCAGGAUCUCAACAAAAUCUAAACCUUACACUGCUAUGUUCUUCAACAUCAACAAAACCUAUACCAGAAAUAAUAUCAUACACUUCCAACCUCUUAUCUCUCGAAUGGUCAACACCUGAUGCUUGUCCACAUGAUAAUUCUUCUUCCGACGAAGAAGAGAGUGGUGGUGGUGAAGGUGGGAUAGGGUUUUGGGGAUUUAUAAAGUUUUUAUUUUGGUUGGGUGUUAUAGGAUUAAUAUUAUAUUUCGUCAUUGGUAUAACCUAUAACCAUCAACAAUACUCUGCAAGAGGUUUCGACCUUAUACCUCAUCGAGAUUUCUGGAGAGAAUUACCUUCUUUGAUCCAAGAUUUAUUAUCUCAUUUGUUAUCUGGUUUAAGAGGUGGUAGAGGUGGUUAUCAUAGUUUAGGUUGA